AUGGCGUCCUGGGCCCAGAUUACGCACGCUGAAACGCCCGCUCAACGGCGUGGACUCUGCUCCCGGAAAAUCCGUGGAACCCUGGAAACCCCCUGCUCUCCACAUACCCAUCCCUGCCGCACAGAUCAGACGGUGGCAGCAAGCUCAGCGCUCCUCGUUUCCCUGCGGUCCCACUCGGGCCAGCCUCGCGACUCCUUCAGCUGCCAGGCACCGCGAGGCGACCCAUGCCUCGCGAGCACGAUCGCAACACCAAAUCGUUAUCGCGGCCCCUAUCCCCAAACUCCCACCAUCAUUCGUCUCGUCGCGACCACCGUCGAGUUGGGCAGGACGGAUGCCAUCGGCCGUCGCUCUUACCCUUCGGAUCCCGCUCGGGGUUUGGACGGGGUUUGGGGCUGUGGUCCCGUCGUCCGUGACCGAGUGAAGUUAGUGCCGCGUAAAAAUAUCCCGAGCAUGGCGAAGGUUGCCUGCAUUCUUCUGCAGGUUCGAAAUGUUGGGGGAGAGUUGGUGUUUCAGAUGUUGCAGCCCGCGGAUCACGGAUCGGCCAUGUGGCAAGGCAGACUGGGUCGUUCGGUCUGCCCCGCGAGCCUUGCGAGCCCUGCGAUCAUCGAGCGGGCCAAUGGCAGGCGAGUGAUGUGCAGCCUGGAUCUCGGCGUGUGA